CAAGUUUUGAGUGUGCGAACGAUGAUUCUGCUGAACAUGAUUGUGAACUUCCGCAUUCAAGCAUGUCGAAGCCCCAUCAUGUUCGAAAAACGCGAUUAUCUGCAAACUGGGAAAAGAUACGUGCCAAGCUGACACAGACAUCUCUUCUCCUAGAGGGUUUUAUUCCGCCACAAUGUUCCAACUGCAGUAAUAUGGUUGAAGCUCGUUGUCGCGACUGUGAAUUUGGAGCAUAUUACUGCUUGGAAUGUUGCAACAGUGUGCAUAGGAAUAAAAACCAGUUCCAUCUUCCGGAAGUUUUCCAGGAUGGUUGUUGGAUCAAAUAUGAAGUGCCUGGACGAAUACUGUCCAAUCCAUUUCAUGCUUGUAGUGGAACAUAUAGAAGAUCAAUUACUGUAAUUGAUAUAAAUGGUAUGGCACAGUGACACAUUUCUGUAUGUGUGUGUAGUUUAUCAU